GAGUGAAGAAUGUAGAGACAGAAAGAAAGGAAUGAAUAGUUGAAAUUGAAAGAAAAAGGGAAUGGAAAGAGAAAACUUGCUUCACCAAAAGCAUGAAUCACAGUAUAAAUAUUGCAAAACAUUUAUAAUUUUUCUUCUUGGCGAUUUUCUCCCUCUCUCCAACUCGCUCUUGCUCACUCGCUCACUCGCUCCAUGACUCGGCGCCCGCGAUCAUCUUCUUCUUCUUUCUCAACCAAGAAAUUCGACGUGUUCGAAUUCAAUGACGAAGACCACAGCAUCGAGAAGGUCUCUAAGAGGAUUCUCCGAAAGUUCCAAAACCCUAGCAAGUCUCGUUCUUCCCCUGUCACCAAAUAUGAUUUCCUCCAAGCCUUUGCGAGCGGUUCAAAUUGCAGACCUGUAUCCAUUGACAUUACCGCCGAUCAUAUUAACCUCGAUGAUGAACAAGAAGAAGAAGUGACACGGUGCUCAGCGGAGGAACUUGCUGACCAACCGUUAGAGGUUGUCAUAGAGGUUGUUGAUGACGAUGAUGGCCGUGGACACGAUGAUGGUUAUGAUCGAGAAAAAAUUGAUACUCAGUCUUUGAUAGACACGCCGCUACCACUGUCUGCUGAUAAAGAGAUUUCCGGCUGCAGUGAUUUUGUUGAAAGCGAUUUUGACUCGAAAAACCGGUCACUUGGCGUGGCUUCAGAUGACGACGACGACGACGCUAGUCAAAUGAGUUAUUCUUCUACUUCGUCUUCAAAUCCACCUGAAGAUGAAGUUGACUUCGGAGACCAGCUAGUGGAGCAUGACGAUUCGGCUGCAUUUGUAAUUAAUGUCGAAGAAAAGGUGGUUGAUGUCAUCCCUGAUUUUAUUCAAUUCGAGGAUUUGUAUUCCACUAGGUCCAAGUUAACAUUCUCAUGCAACUCCUUGAAACUUGAAGGCUCAACAAGUAAUGGAACUAGGGAAACUCUUAAAAUUGAGUGGCCGACUGAAGAUAUCAUAAAAAUUGAAUCAUGUUGGUUUGAAAAUAUUGAAACAGCCUUGAUCAACCUUCUUCUCAAAUCAAAAGAUUAUAGUGAAGAUGGAAAUAGAAAUCAAAAUCCAGUUUAUGCAGAUUUUAAGCUGUUAAAGUUUGCAGUCUAUGAUUCCUUUUGGUACAAGGCAGAAGAAGCAAUCAAACUAUUGGACACCAGAUACACAGAUAUAUGGAGUACACAUUUUAACAUUGAUGUUGAUAACAGUGGAAGUAUUUCUGCAUUGGGGCAGCACUACUUUUUCUCUCAGAACCGCUAUUUCCCCAAUUUUGAUGAGGCUUUUGAUGAAGUUAUUUAUCCAAAGGGGGAGCCUGAUGCUGUUUCUAUUAGUAAGAGAGAUGUUGAGCUUUUACAGCCGCAGACAUUCAUUAAUGAUACCAUCAUUGACUUUUAUAUCAAGUAUUUGAAAAAUAAACUCCCUACUGAUGAACAGGACCGGUUUCACUUUUUCAAUAGCUUCUUCUUUCGCAAGCUGGCUGAUUUAGACAAAGAUCCAGCAAGUGCUUGUGAUGGUAGAGCAGCAUUUCAGCGUGUACGCAAAUGGACAAGGAAAGUGAACCUUUUUGAAAAGGAUUAUAUCUUGAUUCCCAUAAACUAUAGUCUUCACUGGAGUUUGAUUGCCAUUUGUCAUCCUGGUGAAGUGACAUGCUACCAAGAUGAAGAAAUGAACGAAUCUUCCAAAAUACCUUGCAUCUUGCACAUGGAUUCCCUACAAGGAACCCAUAAAGGUCUGAAGAAUAUUUUUCAAAGUUACCUCUGUGAAGAAUGGAAAGAGAGGCACGGUAAUGUGGUGGAUGAUGUUUCUUCCAAAUUUCUUCAUAUGAGAUUCAUCUCACUUGAGCUGCCUCAGCAGGAUAAUUUAUACGAUUGUGGUCUCUUUUUGCUCCAUUAUGUGGAACGUUUUCUGGAAGAAGCUCCUGUAAACUUUAACCCUUUUAUGAUUACGAAGUUCUCUGACUUUUUGACCAGUAAUUGGUUCCCUCCACCAGAGGCUUCUCUGAAACGAUCUCACAUACAGAACCUAAUUUAUGAUAUAUUUGAAAAUAAUUCUUUGCAAGCACGUCCUACCGAUUGCCUUGACAAAGGUCUUCCUUCUGAAGACCCUGCCAUUGUUGUCCAGACGAAAGUGGAAGAAGAUUCCCUUACGGGUUGCAGCUAUUCAGAUUUGUGGUGUGUAAAAGAUCCUUUAAAUUCCUCUACUGAACUAGAGACUGCUGAUAUUCAGUAUCCAACGGCUUCACCCGGAAGAGUUUCACCGUGUAUGGGAGGACCUGCUCUUGUUUCCAAGGACUGGCGAGUAAUUUCACGUUCUGAUUGUCUGCAGAUGUCGGCAUAUCACAAGAGGGGCUUCUUGUCACCAUUAAAAGAAAUUGAUGAAUGUAGUGAGGAAACUGCUGUAUCAGUAGAGAGGGAGAAAUCCCAAUUGGUAUAUGAUUUUCCAUCCACAUCAUAUGUCAGAAAAGAUCACGGAGCAUCAGAAUCAUCGGAGCAUGGGCUUUCUGUAAAUUUUAUGAAAGCUGUUGAUGACCAUUCUCUGUCAAGAACAUGUACUAGAUUAUCCUCGUUCCCAAUGAAUACAAGUACUCAUGAAGACCAGCUUCUUAAGAAAAAUGACGAGUCAAAAAUUGAAGACAAGACAAUAGUUGAGUAUCCAUCGACCUCUGGUGAGGAGCUUACGGACUAUGUUGUUCCGGAUUCUCCAGCGGCAAAUGAUGCUGAUGUGAGUUUCUUAAGUCACUCCUCAUUCCUUGAAUAUAUGAAUUCAUUAACAACCCAUCAAAUACUUGAUUUUACUCAGAAGAGGAGUCUUGAAGAGGAUACGAUAGUUAACAAGGAAAAGGCAGUGACAUUUCAAUCUGAUAGAGAAGAUGCCAAAAGGCCAAAUCCUAUGAAUGCAUACGUUGUUCCGGAUUCUCCGGGGGCAGACGAUGGGCAUGAUGCUGAUAUAAGUAUUGUUGAGUCUCCUUCCUCAUUCCGUGAAUAUGAACCAGAUGCCAAAAGGCCAAAGCUUAUGAACCAAGAUGGUGCUCCAAGGCGCAUGCUCACCAGAAGCAUGCUAAAAGGAGCUUGUGUGUUAUAGCCACAUUAAACAAUAUUAAAUAUUUGAAAUGACGUAAGAGAGAAAUAGAUUACAAGAACUACGCUGGUCCCCAAACGGUGAAGUAAUCUGCAAAAUACUUUCGCCUCACCCUUACACUAUAAAAAUGCUCAACACCAUUUUUUUGUCAUAAUUUUGGUGGGACUGUUUUAAUUUAGACAAAGAUACUCAAAGUUGGUCCUUUUGUAAAGUAUACUAAAUGUUUUAAGGGAUCUUAAAACAGUUCAUAGAUAUUCUUCUACUUUUUAAA